AUGGUUCAGACUUCGCCCGCCACAAUGUUUGGCGGGGUCUCGGGAUCUACCUCCUCCCAGUACGUCCCAGCCUCUUCCAGUAUCGGUACAAUUCCCACUAGUAUUUCAAUGCCCUCCGUACCGGUUGAGGCUGAGAGACCGUUCGGAGUCCCCAUUUCAUCGACUGGUCAAACCAGCUACCAGAUCCUCACUCUGGAGACGGGUCAGGGCUCGGUCCAGAUCCCAGUCGAUGUAUCGGCAGCCUCAAAGCAAGCCGAUGAGAAGCGAAAGCGCAACGCUGGAGCUUCGGCACGUUUUCGACAACGGCGGAAGGAGAAGGAGCGAGAGGCUAAUACGACGAUUGGCAGGCUAGAACAGCAGGCACGGGAAGCCAACGAGGACAGCGAGUUUUACAAGCGUGAAAGGGACUUUUUCGCGCAGAUCACGGCCUUCGGUGCCUUCCGGCAGCGUAACUUCGCCCACCAGCGGUGGCAGUUCCAGAGGUGGUUACUCGGGGAUGUCCGAGAGAUCCGCUCCUGA